AUGGACGGCUUAUUGACAGAGGUUAAGACCGUUACUCAUGGCCGGGAUACGUCUCUGUCGAUUGUCAAGGAGGGACCUGUCGACGGAUUAGAGAGGCAUAAAGCCACUUCAGAAGCCGACACCGAUGCAGAUCCAACAUCUGCGGAUUAUAUAUUAACAGUACUGCAAUCGAAGCCUGACCGCGCGGGACUUUAUGGCGUCUUAAAAGUACUGGAUCCAUCAAAUGAAAGCAUAAUCCCAAAGGCCUUUGAUAUUAGAGUCCCAAGUCCGACAGCAGCUCAAAUACUUAAUGCCUUAGGCACCGUCACGGUCCCUGAUCAUUGGGCCUCAUUGAAUACAAAGUCAAAGGGUUCAACGCCAGAGGACAAUAAACUACGAGCCGCUCUGUUGAGAUGCUUUAGCAGCGUGUCUGGUACAAGUUGCUUGGUGGCUCAACUCCGCUCACUUAUAACUGCGGCGCGGUCAUCCUCCCAACAGACGAAAGAAUCAGGGCCUCAAAUUCAGAUCCGAGAUAUUCUGACAUUUCUUUCUGCUCUCCUGAAGCCCAAAGAUCUUACAUUGCGCAUAUACAUGGAUAUUGAAGCUCUCUACAGCAAUACAACUCAGAAGCAGGUUGCCUGGAGAGAAUUCCUAUCUCUUGUUGCUGCUAGCAAGGUUCUCUCGGCUACAGCGGAGGCUCUCACGUUAGCUGGGAAUUUUGAUGGAUUGAGUACAAUCUUAUGGAUUGGAGACGGCCCUAAAUAUACCUCUUGGUUAGGUACUAACAUCUGUCACAUGGUGUCAAAACUUGAUUUCGAUAACCGGGAUGCUUGGAAAGCGGUUGCCUCUCUAACCGGACGAGCAUUGAGCCUUGGCUAUACAGAUUAUUUGGCCUGCGAAUUGUACACCAGCUUGCUCAUCAACGAGACUCUCCGAGAACGAUAUAGUUCUCUCUUCGAUGAACUUCGGCCGAUGGAGCAGUUUGCGGUGUUGGAAGCUACGUUCCGCGAAGUUGACAAGAAAUAUUUCUUGACAUUGAUCGAUGAGAGCAACGAGGCUAUUCUAGACCAGCAUGUUAAUGUUGUUGCAGGACUGUGUUAUAGCAUUAUUGGAGAGCGCCAACAUAUGCAAACUCAGCUUCUGGAUUGGCUGUCAAAAGGCCAGGGUGGCUCUAUAAAGACUAUCGGGUUACGCCGGGCAUUGCUGGCUAGCUUUGCAGAUCAGAAGGACUCAAUGAUGACGCUGCUCAAAAAGAGCCUGGAACAGUCUAGUGACAAGUUCUACAUUAAGCAUGCGCCAAUUGUGAGCCAAGAAGCGAACACCCAAGUCCUCCUUCUGGCAGCAGGAUACCUUAAGCGGCUUGAUUCAAAUGCCAUGAUGGAAAUAGGACGUUCGAGUGCGUUUCUUAACGCGGUUUCCAACCGUUUAGCCGCGUCAUCAUCUAAAGCUCGAUUUCUUGGAAUGAUCAUUGGGAUGUCAAUUUCGCAGCUCAUUGAACAGCCAGGGAAAGCAAUGAAAUUCGACCUCGAAGAAAUGGAAAGCGAACGGGCUUUAUGGUACUUCAACUUGGUCAACACUCAAGACAGUGUUGGGUCUUUGGAAUCAAUUAAAUCGCCAACUGACUCAGAACCUGCCAAACGCUCAUCCAACCCGGCAACUGCUACUCGAAAACCGCCACUUCCGCGGACAGCGAAGAUAGUGGCCAUUGAAGAAAUAGAGUCCGAAAAUGAAAAGUCUGAAGAUGAGGACCUUAUCCCCUACGAAAAACCCGAUGAAGAUCCAUACGAUUCAGACGAGGACCCAACGUUAAUCCAACGCAACAAGCCAACAGCACCAGUCUACAUCCGCGACCUCAUAAUCUGCCUAAGAGACACGGAGAAUAUAGAACGUUUUGAACUGGCGAUAUGCACUGCGCCCUCAUUAAUCAGACGUAAAACUGCCUUUGGGACUGAGCUCGUUGAAAAUACCGAAGAGCUGGCUCUUGUCAUAGUUGGUUUACAAGAGCAGAGCAAAUUCCCAAAAUUCCAUGAGUAUCGGCUCCAGAGUAUCAUCGCCUUGAUCGUGUCCCAGCCUUUGAGGAUGGGCCGAUGGUUCACUGCGAUGUUCUUCGACGGAGACCUGUCUCAAGUCCAACGAUCCGCAGUUCUGACAGGUCUAGGUCUGAGUGCUCGUGAAAUAGCUGGGAAUGGCGAGAAUGACGCUAAGACACUGGGCCUCCCAACACUACCAGACACGUUGUUCCCAUCCAAGAAGUUACCAGCCAAUCUGGAAGCUUUAUACUCGAGCAAUGAAUCUCCAAUCGCCAGUCUAACAAAGAAGCUAGCACAAACUUCCCUCCAACCGCUGGCAGCUAAUGCUGCCGAUUCGCUUUCUGGCCCGAACGCGCUUAAAGUCCGAACAUUCUCUUCCCGAAUGGAGGUCGAGAAGCAACGUCAGCAGCGAGAGGCCCAACGACAGAAAUCUACAGCUAAGGAUCUCUACAAAGUGUUGGUGGAAGGGUUCUUCUACCCACUAAAGGGUCGAUUUGAGAUCAUGAUGCUACAGUUCUCUUCAUCAACAGCACCUUCAUAUAACCCCUUCCUCACUCCUAAUCUCCUUACGUUAUUCAUCCAGACCCUUACCCUCACCCUUUCUACUAUGGGGCCUCAUACCCCGUACCUCCCUACUGUCACUGAGGACGCAUUAACAUUCCUCCUCUCGCUCCACACACGUCCCGUUUCUGAUGACCCCAUAAUCCUCUCUGCUCUUCUGGCUUUCUUCCUCGCGAUGGUAGAUUUGAACGUCGCAUCAGGCUCUACUGGCGAGGAACGACUCGUCACCGAGUUCGCGUCGCAGGUCAUCGAGCUGCGGGAUUGGGCAGGUGAGGUUUUCGACCGUACACCUUCAGUCAAGGGAGACGAGCCCAGAGAACAGGUUAGAACGUUAGCAGCAGGGGUCAUGGUAAAGCUAGGAGAAGUGAUGGAACGGUACCAAGGGCGGUUGAUGGGCGUGAAUUCUGGGUUUAAGUAUUGA